GAGCUUCACUUAGGAAAGAAAAAGAAGACAAAGAAAGUAAUCAAACUUGACGAUGAUGAACCACCAGCGCCUACUCCUGAAGCUGUUGCAGACGAUUUAGGAGAGCUAAAACUUGGAGGCAAAAAGAAGAAGAAGGUGAAAGUCGAAGAAGACGAAGAGAAAAAGGACGAUGGUUUGCCAGAUUUAGGUGCUGUAAAAACGUACAAUUGUCGAUUAUCCUUAGGGAUAGGUAUUGGUGUUACGAAUCUUAUCGAUGCCACUCGACCAUGGCCGGAUUAUACGUAUGAUGAGUGCUUGACCCUUGUCUUCAACAUUAUGCGUGAAAAGAAUCCUGAAUUGUCGGGUGAAAAGAAGAAGUUCGCCAUGAAACCGCCUGAGGUGGCUCGUGCUGGAAGUAAGAAAACUGCUUUUUCAAAUUUCGCUGAAAUUUGCCGAUUGAUGAAACGCCAAGACAAACACGUCCUCCAGUUUUUGUUAGCUGAACUGGUAUCGAUUGUUGAAAGUGAUCAAGACGUACCCUUUGCCGGGACUGUAGAUUGA